UAAUAAAUUAAAAAAAUAAAACAAAUUCAUUUUCUGCCCUCCUUCCUCGCUAAGAAAAGCACAUAUACAGAAACCAAACUCCCAAUUCCCAAAGCUCAAAAUCAAAAAACCUAAAUCAGAUCUAACAUUUUUUUAUCAAAAUUUACCGCAAAAGAUAUGGCUCUAGAAUGGGUAGUGCUAGGCUACACCGCCGGCGCUGAAGCCAUCAUGUUGCUCCUCCUCACAGUUCCAGGCCUCGACGGACUCCGCAAGGGCUUGAUCGCCGUCACACGUAACCUCCUCAAGCCCUUCAUGUCGGUGGUUCCUUUCUGCCUCUUCCUCCUCAUGGAUAUAUACUGGAAAUACGAGAUGCGUCCAACCUGUGACGCCGAUACCUGUACCCCUUCCGAAUAUCUCCGUCACCAGAAAUCCAUCAUGAAGAGCCAGCGCAACGCGCUUCUCAUCGCUGCCGCUCUUAUUUUGUACUGGCUUCUUUACUCUGUUACUAACCUUGUUGUUAAGAUCGAGCAGUUGAAUCAGCGAGUUGAGAGGCUUAAGAAUCGCGAUUGAGAUAAGUGCUGCGAAUUUUAGAUCUGUUGUAUUUGGGCUACUUCUUUUUCUUUUCUUUUUAAUAAUCUUUUUGUUUGAAUUUCAUCUCUGAUGUGUUUGGAUGAUUUGAGAGAUUUAUCUUGAAAGAAUUAUAUGUUGUUAUUAUUGGAUCUCUGUUAUUCAAUUUCGAUUUGAUUAAAAAAAAGUUGGGGUUUGGUUCAAGUUAUCGCUAUUGUUUCAAUAUUGACAACUGCUUUUGGAGUUGAAAUUUAGGAUCUAGUAUCCAAUUAGAACAAGUUGAUUAUCGUUUGGAACUUGGUUAUGCAAGGCAACAUGAUGAUCGAAUGGACAUAAUGGAAGCUGUGAUGUCCAGUGCCUCAAAUUGUAUACUUACCCUAUAGCUUUCUACAUUGGUACAGCGCCAUAUCAUUCUCUAGUAAAACGUUUGAAAUAUGGAUUUGAAACUAGGGCAAUAAUUUUUCUAUACCUACUCGAUGCUCUAGAAGGACGAUUGCCUUACGGUAACCAUUCAUUCUUGAACGCCAAUUUAGCUUCAAUUCUUUACUGGUAAGCUCGUUAUCUUUGGAGUUUUAAGCACUUGGAAGUUUGUGGGCGAACUAUUUUUUUUUUUUUUCAAUUUUUGAGUUCAUUACUAUAUUUAUCUUGGACCUUACGAUCAUCCCUUCAUGAAUCAUGAUGAGAUUUUAAUCAAAGAUUCUGUAGCUACUGACCCUGAUUGAACCUCAGUACUUCCAGGAAGGUGAGCUUACAGCUUGGGUGCUGAACCCUUUGGCCGAAGCUUUGAUUCCCUUUCUGAUGCCUCACUUAUUCUGGUAAAACUAUAAUUGAUCCCUUAAUAUAUGGAUGAGAUCAUUUUGACUGCCCAUGGUGCAAGAAGAUGUCGGAAUCUUGAACAGCAGCAUAAUGAUCGGUGGAAGAAGGAACAAAAUGUUUCCAGUGGCAAAACCGAUCGUCUCUCGGUUACUACUAGUAGCUUUGAUGGUUUGUUGUGUGUGUGGGGGGGGGGGAUAUGAAAUGAACUUAAAUUUGACAGUGAAGUUUGCGAGAACCUUGUGGAACACGGCAUAUGUUGGCAUGAAUUUCUCAACGAUUCUUUUCUGGGGGACCUUGGCUCCUCUUGUUCAUUUAAUAAGGUAGAAGGUGGCCAGUUUCAGAAGGACGUGACUUGGGCUUUGCGGAGACUGAAGUGUAAGUUGGAACUUCCGAUUCAAACUCCAAGCAAAGAACUCUUCCUUUUGGAAGUGAGAUUGAAGCACAUAUGUACACGGCCAUUGGAGGUCUCGACUUGAAUUUUGACAGUGUAGGGUUGGCUUAGAUGUAAAUUGUAAAUGAGUUAAAUUUUACUGGGAUGCGCAGUUCUUUACGUUUAUAUAUUCAAAUUCUUCUCUUUGGUUA